UUGUUACCUAGUUUGUGAUUGGUUGUGUUGAACGUCCGUCAAUGGCGCUGCUCCAUGUCAUGACGAUCGAUAAGGCUCCUCAUUAGUCGUCAUCAAACAAGGAGAAAUUAUUCGUGUUCAAAGAAUUUCAUUUUCAUCUCUUUAUGAAGCAUUUUUUAAUAUUUGUUCGCCUUUGCAAUGCUAUGUCACAGACUGACUCGGUAUAGAAAUUUGAAAGUUUGAACGUAAGCGUCAGUGAAUACGUCGCUCCAAUGGAGAGAGAUGAAGACCAGUUAGAAGAUGAGGAGGUGAUGGAGGCAGAAGAGAAAGAAACCGAGCAGCAGGAUCAAAAUGUGUCACCCGUUCCACAGGAUCAGCCUGAAUCGGAGCCAGUUGAUGUGGACUCACAGCCAGACAGCCAGUUUCUUACACCCUCAGUGGAGGCAGCUGAAGACGAGCUAGAAGUUGCGGUGGGAAUGGAGGCAGAAGAAGGAGGAACCGAGCAGCAGGAUGAAAACGACCAAAAUGAAAACGAUGAAGAAGCAAAUGUGUCUCCCUUUCCACAGGAUCAGCCUGGAUCUGAGCCAGUUGAUGCGGACUCACAGCCAGACAGCCAUUUUCUUUUAGCUUCGGUCGAGACAGCUGAAGACGAGCUACAAGUUGUUGGGGGAUUGGAGGAUGAAGCGGGAGGAACCGAGCAGCAGGAUGGAAAUGAGCAAAAUGCAAAUGAUGGUGAAGCCAAUGUGUCUCCCUUUACACCGGAUCAGCCUGGAUCUGAGCCGGUAGAUGCAGAUUCUCAGCCAGACAGCUAUUUUCUCACAGCCUCAGUGGAGACAGCUGAAGACGAGCUAGACGUUGUGGGGGGAAUUGAGGAGGAAGAGGGAGGAACCGAGCAGCAGGAUGGAAAUGAGCAAAAUGCAAAUGAUGUUGAAGCAAAUGUGUCUCCCUUUACACCGGACCAGCCUGGAUCUGAACCAGUUGAUGUGGUCUCACAGCCAGACAUCAGUGAUAUCGAAGACCCUGUUAUGAACAUACACUUUGAACCGGAACAUUUUGCCGAAGUUCUGUCACCACCCCAGAAUUCAGUUGAGGAAAAGGAGGAUAGGGAGCCCGUUAUAGAUGACAACGAGGAAGAAGAUUUUCUUGUUCUUGAUGCUGAACAUCCCCUGGUGGCAAAGAAGCAAGCAGCGCUAAAGAAUCAACUCAUCAAGGAACUCCAGAGGCUAAAAAUGCAACUGAAUGAACAGGGGGCGUUGGAGAAGGCAGAGGCAAACCAAACAGAAGAAUUAUAUGUAGAGUUGUUCGGGGAACAAGAAAGGCUUAAAAAUCUCCAGACUAGACUAGAUGGACAACAGAAGUCGAAGCGCUUGGCUGAAGAAAAACAUAGACAGGUACAAGAAGAAUUGAAGGCAAUGAAGGCUUGUCAUUCCAGCACCACCAACGAGUGCACCAAGACCCGGGCCAAUGUAUCCAAGCUGCAGCUAGAAUUCGACAAACUUAAGUUGCAUGUCAACUUCACACAAGAAGUCAGUGAAGAUCUGCAUGCUAAUGUAAAAGCAACAAAGAAUGCCACACGAAAAAUCGGAACCAAGAAAUCAAAGGCUGAGGACCAGAAACUCAAGCAGGAUUUGUAUGUAGAGCGCCUCACGAAGGAAUUGGACAGACUGAAACAACAGAUGGACCUCUUUGAGGUCCAGACCCAUGCCCAAGCAGAGACAACACUGGCAACCAAAGAAGCUCUUUCUGAGGCUGAAAUGCAAAUGGAGUCUCUGGCGAUGGCACAAAAGCAGUUGCUGCAGCAGUGGAACCGCAGCCUGCUCAAUAUGAGAAAGCAAGAUGAGGAAUUUGGAGCAAUGCAGCAGGCUGUAUGCAUGGCUGAGCACCAAGUGAUCAUACUGGACAGAGAGAUUGAAGGCAACAAGAAAUCAAUCUCGGAACUGCAAGAGAAAAGUGAGACUUUGACCAUGAUGCUGAACUGCGCCCAGAUGGACUGCGAAGUCACCAAAAAGAUGAUCACGCAGAAGCAGAGCCAGCAUGAAAUUCUGCAGGACCAGUACAGCGUCUACAUUCGUGCUCUGGGGCAGACGGAGCAGACGCUUGCAGAACUCACAAAGAAGGAGAACGGCCUUCAGGUUGAGCUGACUGAUCAGAGACGGAAGCUGGAAAAAAAUAAAAAUAAGCAUCUUGAGUUGGAGAACGCAAUCAUGACCCAAAUGCUGCAGAAGCUCAUGGACAACAAGGCCGCUCAGUAUUACCAGCGACUCACCAACAAGAAAGCCUCCCUCAAGAAAGAAAAGUUCUAUCAACUGUGGCAAUUGGAGAGUUCUGUCAUGGCGGCUGCCCUGGAGAGCAAUGUGAUCAAUGAGAAACUGGAAAACUUGGACCGAACUCAGAAGGAGCUUGAUGAAGAAAUUAGAAAAUAUAACAAGGUGGUCGCAUCUAACCAGACUAACAGUUCAUCGAUUGAUGCACUCAUCGCACAGAAGCAGACCACCAUUGCAAACAUCAACAAGAAAAUUGACCUCAUCGCAGCUCGAACUGGGCAUGAAGACCUCAGUCCGCUGCAAAUCAAGAUUGAAGCAAUCAAGACUCAAAUUGAGACAUUAUCACAGAAAAUGAAGAAUGAUCAGCAGCUGUGGCUGAAGCUCCAGGGAACGCUCAUAGGAUUAACCCUGGAGAUACAGACACACAACAAGGAAUAUAACAAACUGCAGACAAAGUACACCGCGGUUUGUCAGAAGAAGCUUUACUUGGAACGCCAGCUUGACAUCAUGCACCGUGAAGAGAACGAGGUGGAGAAGAGCAAUAAGAUGCUUCAAAGAGAUUUACUCAAGCUCAAUACGCUUCUGAGCAAGAACACACAGUUGCGUUACGCCUUGGAGCAGGAGAACGCUGUGAUGGAGACCGAAUUCCUUCAUAAGCUUAAGGAGGCAGAGCGGGAGUCUAUAGAGAUGGAGGCGAAGCUGGAGAAGACCCAGGAGGAAAAAGAGAAACUUCUCAGCAGUCUGGUGGAGGCCGAGCGUCAAAUUAUGCUUUGGGAAAAGAAGACCCAUGUCAUGAAGGAGACACGUUUAGUUGUGCAAGAGGGUCAAGGAGACAUCCAAAUCAUGAGGGAUGAUGUUCAUCGUAUGGAGCGCUGGCUCAGUCUGCUGAUGAGGCAGCGUGAGCAGCUCCUGCGGGACAGCAUUUCAGUUGUGGAAAGGAGAGGAAACAUCAUUGAGCGCAAUGAGGUCAUGGCUCGUAGCACUAAAAAAGCCACCACCAAGGGUGAGCUGCAUCUGAUGAAUGAUGGCUUGCGGCGAAAAAUCACAGAAAUACACAAGUUAGUGAAAGAGUAUGACCAGGAGAUCAGAGAGCUGCAAGAGGGUCAGGAAGAAUUUCAGAACAAGGCCAAGAAGAUUGAGGAGAUGAUUGAUGGCACUCCAUCCACCACUGCUUCACUUGAAGCCGCACUGCAGGGCGAGACGGAGCGAGUGCACACCGUCAGCAGCAUCAUUCAACGUGUGUGGGUGGAGAUGCCCAAGUACCAGGGCUCACUCUGGAAAGUCUUGCGGUCACUGACAGAAUACACAGAAUCUGAAGAUGGAAGCGUCCACACAGUGGGAUAAAAUGAACAAGAGUAAUAGGAAAUGCCUCCAACCGUAUUGUAAAUAAAGACAUGAUUUGUACA